AGGCUCCAAACCGUUCGGUGCUCCUCGGCGCUUCCCCGCUUCAUCACACAGCUGCUUCGUCACUCCCGAUCUCUGUCAGAAUGGCGCAGCCCAUCGCCCGCGUGUCCCGCGGCAACACCCAGCAGAAGAGCGGCCCGAAGAAGUGGUCUCCGGGGGACAAGCUGUGGGAUACGAUGCUUUGGCAGAAACACAUGAAAACUCUGCUGAAGUAUCCUCUGUCCGUGAACGUCGACCAGACGUCCGAGGCGAACGACUCCGUUUGGUCGUGUCUGGACAAUCCAGAAACGUACCUGACCCCAGAAGCGCUUUCCACGGUGCUGAAGGGGGAAAACACGGAGCUGUACAACUCGACGCGCGUGUUCAUUGGCAUCUCCAUGGCUGCGGGGGCCCUGCGCCACUUCGACUACAUGGUCCGCGACGGGGUCGCCAGGGAGUUCCUGCACCCCGCCGUGGAAACGAAGUGGCGGAAGCUCUGGACACAGCUAGCCCUGGACGAGACCACGCAGCAGCUGAACAGUCAAGACUUCCCUUCUGUGCCGCGGAGCUCCGAGAGUGUCAAGAAGGCCGUUCAAAAUUUCUUACGCUUCUCCACGGAGGUACGGAAGGACUGGGCGUAUUGGUCGGAAUUCUUCGGGCGCGCAGCUGGGUUGUACACUGACGUGUCGUACUUCCUGACAGCAGGCACCAUGACCGUACCAGGCAUCCUGUCAGAGAAGCUCAAAGGCCAGAAGGUGCUGGCGGAGGAGUCGCUGGAGGAGCUCCACAAAAACCCCGCCUCUGCCAAGAAGCUGAUGGAGCAUCUCGUCGCCGAGGUCAGCAAGGGCCUCGACGUCCGGGCGAAGGCCCAGGGGUCGGCGCCGUCGCUACCCAGCAGGACCGCCGCCGCCCCCGUGCUCGACCUCAAUUUCUCGGACACAGACGGGGAAGCGCCAGAGAAGGAGGCUAUCGAGAAGCCAGAUGUGCAGCCGCUGCAGGAAGCGUGGGCGAGGCUCAAGGCGUUCAAAGCCAAGAGCAAGAGAACGGGCACCGACCUCCCCACCAAGAAGGCAAUGUUCAAAAGCAUCUGCGAAGACUUUCAGCAGCUCUAUAACGACCUCGGGCCGGAUGCGCUGACGGUCGUGCCGGUGGAGGAGGUGAGUCGUGUCAUCAAGGAGAAGAAGAAGUCGCUGAAAGAGCUCGCUGCUGUUGCGGAGCCGCCCGAAGCGGAGGAGGCGGAGCAGCUGCCGAAGAGGAGGCGCCGGAGCACCACGGCCGCGUGAGGAGCCGCGCAGGUUAUUGUAAUUUUCCACUUCGCCUCCCUCCUACUACAGAUCCCCUACAGAAGAAGCUUCACGGCAAGGGCAACCCAGCCAACCCAUCAUAGGGUUAGGCUGCCUUGCUCGUGAAGCGUCCCUCCGAAUUCCCAGGCGAACCACUUUCGAUACAGUUCAUCUUUUUGCAGCC